AAACUUGAAUUCGGAAUAAAGUUCGCUCACCGGUCAAGCGCUUGAUUAUACUCGGAUUUGUUUUGACGCUACACCGAUGUCACUUCCUUCCGGCGGCUGGGAGCGAGAACGCGGGGAAAUUUGAUAAGUCACCAACACAAGUCACCACUUCAGCAGAGUCGAGCUGUCAGAGUGGAUCGUCCAGCAUGAGAACGUUAGAGGAAGUCCAGGCGACACUGCAGGUCGCCAAGCUGAAGGAGGAGGAUCUUCAGAGAACCAUCCACUGCCUGUCUUUCAGCGAGAACGUCUCCUCCGGCGACUAUUGUCUGAUGGAGCUGGACGACACGCUGUGCAAACACAUAGAAUCGGGUCAAAGUCUGGUGAUCAGAGGGGACAAGGACGAGCACGCCGUGCUCUGCAGCGGUGACAAAACCUACGACCUGAAAAUAGCAGACACAUCCAACCUGCUCCUCUUCCUACCUGGAUGCCAGACUCCGGAGCAGUUCACGGGCAGUCAGGACCACACUCAGCUGCUGCACGCCCAGGUCUGGGGCUUCUGCAAUGGCUACUGGGAGGUGAGGAAGCACCGGCCAAAGCUGAAGAAGCUGAUGAGAGUGUUGAUGGAGAAUCCGUAUGAAGGACCUGCGAUCGGAGGGCAGGAAGAGCAGGCGGGGAAGAAGUACACCACCCAGGAUCUGCUGGAGACCAUCCAGGCCAGUGAGGCGGAGCUACUGCAGCGCCUGGAGACCAUUCACGCCUGUCAGGUCGACGGCUUCUGGCGUGUGCUGGAUUUUUACUACGAGAUGAAGCUGCUGGGUCACGUGACCCAACUGGUGGACUCGGAGUCCUGGUCUUUCGACAGGGUUCCUCUGCAGACCAGUCUGGAGGAGCUGUCGCCACUGGAACCAAAGGAGAUGAUCCAGCACUGCCUCAACUGCUACGGCAGACGCUUCACCGACAAUGGAGAAGUGUUUUACGCUCUGGACGAGGACAAAGUUUGUCGCGCCACUGCGCUGAUGCUGCUGAAGAAUGCAGUCAAGUUCAACCUGAGAGAGUUCCAGGAGGUCUGGCAGCAGAGUGUCCCCGAGGGGAUGAGCACCAGGCUGGAGCAGCUGAAGAGCACUGCCCUGGUGGACCGCUCCUGCAACCCCCAGACCAUCUGUCUCCUGAGAGUGGAGGACCUUCCUGAGGACACGCUGGAGCGCUUCAACUACCUCUUCACUCUGCGGGAGAAAUGGACCGAGGACGACAUCACGCCGUACAUACAGGACCUGUGUGGAGAGAAACAGACCACUGGAGCUCUGUUAACCAAAUACGCUCGUUCCUCCAUGCAGAACGGAAUCAAGGUGUUCAACUCCAGAAGGCCUGUGGCCACGUGAGGACGUCUGCAGCGACGCAUCACUUUGUCUGUGUGGUUCAUGGGUUUGUUUUUUACAUGCUGCAAUACAGUUUUACGUCCUCGUCCUCGUUUAUCACCAAUGUUAUUUAAUACAUUUUUCUACUGCUGCAAAAUUCCAUUUCAACGUUUCACACUGAGGAGAUGCAGCGCAGAAUAAUCUCCACAAGAGGGAGCUGUAUAAACAACAAUAAAUAAAAUA